GUCGUGUAGUGUAAAGCAAGGCAUUCCGAAAAGCUUCCGCCUUCAAUAUUGUGACAGUUCCCUCAAAAUAAAUCAACACUGGGAACAGUUCUGCAGCAUUGUUAUCGUGUGAAUUAGGACCCGAACAGAUGGUACGCACAACACUUUUGGCAAAGGUCGCCCUGUCGCAAUCAUCUUUCUUAGCUCGCUGGGAUAAGGUCUCGCCAGCUGUCAAAAACAUCAAAUUUACAUACAACGGGAAAUUGGCACAAAUUUUGCGGUAUUAUUUAUGGUCUUAUGGUUGGAGUGGAAGACGAUAUGGUUUGCUCUUUCACGAUCAGUGUUUUGAACCAGCUCCGGAAGUGAAGGAGGCACUACGUCGUUUGAACUUGAAGGAGCCGUGGCUUUUUGAUGAACGUAAAAUACGACUCUAUCAUGCACAUUCGAUGAAAUCUCAUGGUGAACAGCUACCAAAAGAAAAGUGGACGAGAUGGGAAGAUGAAACGUGGUACCUUAAGCCAUAUCUGGAUGAAAUAGAGGAAGAAAAGAAAACGCGGGCGAACACUUCUGGAUUGCUUCCCAGUUUUCAGUUAAAAGGACGUCAUUGACAAGGAAUGAAGAAUACCUCUUUAAGCAUUCUUUGGCAGCGUAUAUGAAUAUACUUAGUUUAAUUGUGUUCAGAAUUAUUUAAGUGCAAAGCGGUCUGGAAUGUCAAGUAAAACAAACGUCAUUGUAUGAAUACUGUACAGUGAUUUCUAGGAAUCGGAUCUGUGAAAUUCGAAAUGUUGUUAGUUUAGAUAAACUAGCCAACGUG